AUGGCUGGCUCCAGUAGCCGUAAUGCCUCUUCAUUUGGGGCAGAAGAGGACGAAGAUGGGGCUUUGAUAUCUACACGCGGACUAGAAGCUUUUGGUAGAAAAGUUACAACGACCGCUGGACAUCUCAUAGGACCCAUCGAUCCCACAUCCAACACCCACUAUCAAAAUGCCAUGAGUGAUCUGCAUAAACAACUUCGCCGUCCCAAUCUUCAACGAAGUGUUUUUUCGUUUGCGAAAACUACCCCGACGGAUUUGGUGCGGUCGAAGUUGUCGACGUCGGAGAUUCAGUAUCGGGCAUUGACUUUCUUGCCAGAUGAGUUGUUGAGAAAUAUACCCGAGGAUAAUAAUAGUUAUUCGUUGUUUCAGGGAUUUCAAGCUACUUUGCCGGAUGCGAGUGAGGGGCAGGGAAAGAAACAUAGGAGGAAGAUCUCGAGGGGGAGGAAACUCAUUGAUAAUGGUAGUGAGGGAGGUUCGGAGGGGGAUGGACCACCUAGUCUUGCGAAGUUGAAGAAGGAAAAAUCGACGUUGAAUCAUCGAUUGGAAAUGAUGGGGAUUAGGAAAAAUAUGGCAAGUAGUGAGAUUCAUGGGAUUGAUAACAAAAUCGCAAAUCUCAAUUCUAUGAGGAGAAUCGUCUUGGAUAGGUUGGCAGGGUUGGAACAGGAAGAGUCAAUGUUGGAGCAUGAGAUUCUAGAUGUGGAGAAUCGAUUAGAGGAUGCUCAAGAACAAAUCGAGGAUGCGGAAGCAUUGGGGAAAUCUCUUACUGGAACGGAUGAAGGAGAUGAUGCGGAGAAUCCAGGGGCGGAUUCCACAUUCAUGUCGGAAUCGAUUUACGAAAAACUUCCCUCGAGGGCAAGUACACCUUCAUCGAAAGGAUCCAAAAGACAUAAAACGAUUCGAAGGAAAUCUAUGCCAAUUUUACAUGAACAUUUCGAACCUGGGUCUUCGAUUCGAGAAAUUCAAGCACAUGAUGAUAUGAUUACAGCUCUCGAUUUCGAUGUACCAUUUGGUACCAUGGUUUCCUCGGCUUUAGAUGAUACAGUUCGAGUAUGGGAUAUGAAUGCGGGUAGAUGUAUAGGACUUCUUGAAGGACAUACUGCAUCCGUACGAGCCCUUCAAGUGGAAGAUAACAUCGUCGCAACUGCAUCUAUGGAUGCUACGAUUCGUUUAUGGGAUUUAAGUAAAGCUCGUUAUGAUGCACAGGAUAAAAUCAAGGAAGAAAAGGAGGAGGAGGAGGAGGAAGAAGAAGAUCAUCUUGCAUUUGGUGAAUCCUUGGAACGUGAACAAAAAAUUCAUGUUCCACAAGGAACAAUGAAGGAAUGUCCUCUUUUCACAUUAGAAGCUCACGUUGAUGAAGUAACAGCUCUUCAUUUCCGUGGUGAUACUCUCAUAUCUGGUUCAGCUGAUAAGACAUUAAGACAAUGGGAUUUAGAAAAGGGAAGAUGUGUACAAACAUUAGAUGUUAUGUGGGCAGCAGCGCAAGCUUCAGUGACAAUGGGUUCCUCCGAGGGUACAUGGCGACAAACGGGACGUCAACCAGAUGCAACAGCGGACUUCGUUGGCGCGGUACAAGUUUUUGAUGCGGCACUUGCUUGUGGUACUGCUGAUGGAAUGGUUCGCUUGUGGGAUUUGAGAAGUGGUCAGGUGCAUAGGAGUUUAGUGGGGCAUACAGGUCCGGUUACUUGUUUGCAAUUUGAUGAUGUGCAUUUAGUUACGGGAAGUUUGGAUAGGAGUAUUAGGAUCUGGGAUCUCCGCACAGGAGCAAUCUAUGAUGCAUACGCAUAUGAUGCACCUAUCACAAGCAUGAUGUUUGAUACUAGACGUAUUGUAUCAGCUGCAGGGGAGGAUGUAGUGAAAGUGUAUGAUAAAACGGAUGGAAGACAUUGGGAUUGUGGAGUGGGAGCUGAGAGGGAGGAAAAUGUUGAGGUGGUUGAAAAGAAUAUCGUGGAGAUGUGUAGGGUUAAGGAUGGGUAUAUGGUGGAGGGAAGGAGGAGUGGUGUGGUGGGGAUUUGGAGUUGUUAG